AUGUCUUCGCCGGAACCGUUUAGUCCCCAGAUUAACAGCGGAAACCGUCGCUCCAAAGUUAAACAGCCAAACCUAGCAAGAAUAAGCAUGAGCUCCCAUUACAAGAGCCCGGGUUUUCAUACUGGCAGCCCAACGGGGACUGUCGAGGCUGGUAUGAGCGCCCUCAACGAACCCCCGAUGCUCACGCUUGGUAUGAACAUGAAUGGAGACCAGUACGGAGGUUUUCACUCAGGAGGGCACACGGAGGUCCAUCCGGAAGGACUCAAGCAGCAACCGCAUGCCUCCAUGCAUCGCUUUUUUAGCAACCAGCAACCUCAGAACAACCCCCAUUCGCAUCAUCAGGGUCACCCCCAACAUCAUACACAGUUCGGAGGAAACUUCGAUAACGACGGAGCUAGGUCGUCCUGCUUACACAGAGGGAGAAUGAUGAGCUACGGGGGCGGUAUGGGGCCCCAGCAGGGAUUCACAGACGGCUUUAACCCGAUCGCCGAGGCCCAAUCAGGGGACGGAUUCUCUCAGCAACAAAGGUUGAACCCGAUGUCUGAUUUUCACCACAGAUCCUCCACUGGAAACCACCCCGUCCCUGCUCCCUGUUUGCCCCUGGACCAGUCUCCGAAUCGUGCAGCUUCCUUCCACGGGCUUCCUUCGUCCUCGUCAUCUUCAGAAAAUCAUAACCUGGAGAGCAGGCGCGUGCUUCAGCAGGGCAACGUCGAGGGUUUGGACUACAACUACGCCAACAAUCCUCCGUCCGGUAAUUUUGAGGUAUCUGUGUUUUCUCCUUCCGAGUCGGAUCCACAGCUAUCGCAUCAAUUCGGGGCAGGAAGGCAGGUGCCCGGGAGCAAUUUUCCCGGAAACUCCGGCAUGCAGCAGCCUCCGGGAAUGCAGGGCCACUCUAAAAGACCUCCCCAGGCCCCUUCUCAACAGCACCAUGGCAUGUUCUUUGAACGGUUGGCGGGUGGGUGCAAGAUGGACCCUAGCGCCAGGCAUCCUAUAAUGCAGCAGCAGCAGACAGGGAUGAUGGGCAGACCAUCUACCGUCUCACUGCCAGCUCAACCUGAGACCGGGUCUACCAAUGCCGGCUUGCAGGAUGGGGGCGUCAUGCCUGGGCAGCAUAACCACUUCGAAUACCCAGUUCCCACACUGGAGAACAGAACGAUGCCCUCCUAUGGCGACCACGCAUUUAAUAUGCAACAGCAGCUCCCCCCUCCUCAACAUCCUCCCAGUCAGAGGCUGCAGCACUUUGACCCCGCGUAUUUAAACGUCCCCAAGAGGCGUAGGUUCGAUUUUCCAAACGCCCACCGAGGGGAGAGCUGUGGCGCAUGGAAUAGCAGCAUGCCCAACCCAGCUGGCAUGGAGAACCAUGUCUCGCCUACAAACUACCCAGAGUUCGCUCCGUCCGACGGCUUCUCGGCGUUACAGCACGUAGGACCCGAGCAGCACAGGCAGAACGCCGCCAUGAUGAUCAAACAGAUGGCUUGUCGAAGUCAGCAGCAGAGCAUUAGACAACCCAACAUGCAACAGCUCGGUCACCACGAAGAUGUUCCUCAGGGCCCUAUGGUGCAGAGAGGCUCUGCAGGAGGCAUGUCCAUCCCUGGUUUUGAGAGAGACAGUGGUAGGAGAAUGGUGAACUUUGAUGCGCAGAAUCCACACAUGGCUCCAGAGGGGGGUUGGUUUUCUGGUGGUGGACCCCACCCACCUGGUGAGAUGCUGGGCCAGCGCAUGUGUGAUCCAGGGGCAGAGCCAGUGGCUCACGAUGUGCAUCAAAAUGGUGCAAUGAUGUUCAGACAAGGUGUUAAUGGUCUGGGCAUGCAGGAGCCUAUACGAGGAGAAGGUCAUAUGCAGGCCUUACACUCCCCUGGGGUACACCCACAGUUUGGUAGCAGCAUGGGAAACCUAGCACAGAUGCAGUCUCCUGGGGCAUCUGGGCAUCCAAAUGACUUUUCAGGUCAAGCCUUGGGUGCACAAGCGUCCUUUCCUUUCGGGGGAUCCAGUCGACAAGGGGCGUCACACAAUAAUGCCCAGGGGGUAAGCACGCCUCCAGCGAGUUAUACCACGCAGUCCUCAGAGUUCUCAGCCGGCCAACACAGCUCAGUUAGCAAACUAGGAGCCGUCUCGCUUGGUAGUUUAACCAAAACUGGUAGUAAGGACAGUGUUUUUGGGCAGAGCUGCUUGGCAGCUCUUUCCACCGCCUGCCAGAACAUGAUCGCCAGCCUGGGGGCCCCGAAUCUUAAUGUGUCGUUUAACAAAAAGGGCCAGACAGAAGGGAAGCGAAAGCUGAGUCAAACAGAGCAGGACGCGAAUAACAUCGCAGCUGUCAGGGCCGGUGGUCCUGGGUCGGAGUAUUUUCCAGCAGCAGGAACGUUACAGAGUUCCCUCAUGUCUGGCGCUGGGAAUAACAACACAAAGCCAGGAGGUCCAAACCAGACAGUGCAGGGGGAAGCCAGUGCCCUCUCCCCAGGUUACAACAUGGACGCUACCCCAUGCAUUGAGGGGAAGGCGGCAACAGGGGGUGGGAGAGGGAGAGGGAGGAGGAAGAAAGACGUUGACCAUGCGAGCCCUGGAAAUCUCUUCUCCUCCGAGAAUGGCAACCCUGUUGUGAGUCCUAGCGCGCCAAUACAGGACGCCACCGAGACUCCCGAAAAAACCCACACUCCUCCUUCGUGGGGGAACAAGACUGACCUGAUGCUGGACGACGAGUCUGACCUAAUGUCAUCCCUCGACAGCGGCUUCCAGAGUCUAUCCAAGUCAGCCGACUGUUCACCUCGAGUCGGAUUCGCCAGCCCCUCCUACGGCAAGGACGACGUUUUAUCCAUUAUAAACUCAUCAACCUCAACGAAGGUCGGGCACAGCCCUCUGGCCUCGUCCAGCUCGCCCAAACUGCAAAUCCCGGACAGCGAGUUAAUGUGUGGACAGAAAGGGCCGGACGUGGGCCACACCAACCACUCUACCUCAUCCUCAGAGUGCUACAGAGCCACAGGUCACCCGAGUACUCCAGGCCUGGAGCAGGCCCGCACACCCUCCAGCACCUCCGGCCAGGAUGAAAUCCACCCGCUGGAGAUACUGCAGGCGCAGAUUCAGCUUCAGCGCCAGCAGUUCAGCAUAUCCGAGGACCAGCCUCUGGGUGUGAAAAAGGGCAAAAAGGGUAGCAAGUGUGCUGAAGAUAGGGAGCUGGGCGGGUGUAGCCCGGGUGCCGAAAAGGGUCCUAUGGACACUAUUGACCUGGACAUACUUAUGGCAGAGCAGCACGCCACAUGGUUUGUGCCCACUGACAAGGGUUCAGAGGAGGACAAAUCGCUCGCUGCUUGGGAGAAGUCCAAGGAAGAGGGAACCGCCAAAGAAGACGCCGACGCCCAAACUAAAACCCCCGCAGGAGGCGGAGCUCCCGGCCCCAACCUCCAGCGCCUGUCUGUCCACUGCACGGACGAACUGGCCGACCCCAGCGGUCACGCCGGACCCGUUCCGUCCUGGCGCUCCCUGCACUCGGACAUUUCCAACCGAUUCGGGACGUUCGUCGCGGCGCUGACCUGAAGGGACGGACCGUGCUGGACACACGCGGACACGAGUAACGUUUUGCACAUGAACGUGGACGAACCCGCAGCCCCUGGCGGGGCAGUACGGCUAAACGGCACCGGCGAACCUCAACCUUUUUUUUUAAUCGACUUUGAAUCAGUUUGAAUGUGUAUAGAACCAAGACACCAAGAAAUAUGAAAGUAUUAGAAGACGUUUGGGCAGCGGUGAAGGACACGGCACGGUCAGGUGCCCGGCGGUUAUGUUUGCCAUCACUGUUUUUUUUUAUCCCCUAACUAUUAUAAUUAUCAUUAUUAUUAUUUUAAAUUAAAAAUCUCCAUCGCAAAACAUAAACCAUAACAAAACGACAUACUUAAUGAAUAAAAUUGCUGGCGAUCUGGUCUCACUGUGGCUUCCAGGCUGUAAAGUAAAGCCUCCUCAAGGGGGCGCUCGUGGGUGAGUUAAUUCUGUCUUUAUGUGCCUGUUAAGAGUGGACCCUUACCUAGGGUUUGAAAAACCUCUGUCCUGAACGGACUAUGAU